AUGCGUCUCUCCAUCGCCCUCCCCCUCGCCACCCUCUUCCUCGGCCUCGCCUCUGCUUGCACGCCGGGCGAAUACUCUUGCGGUGCUGGUGCGAACAAGGAUACCGUCAUGCAGUGUGGUGUUGACGGCAUCCCGGUCCCCGUCAACACCUGCGGUGGUGGAAUGACUUGCAAGACUGUUGACGGACGGGUGCUUUGCGCUCCUUGA